CCUUGGAGAUUUCUUUUCCAUGCAAAGGGGCUCUCACUUGCGGCUGGAAUGGCAGAGUUCGUCUCCCAGCCUCCCUCCACCUGGCACUCGGGCCCUCAGCCCCCUCAUAAUUCUGCCAUCUGCCCACUGGAGUCCAUGGAUCUGGGCAUCUCAGAGCAGCAAACGCCACUGGAGCAGCCUCAGUCUUCACCAGAGCUGGGUGAGGAUGAGGAAAUCAACUCACCGCCAGAUCCUGAUGUUCCCUAUCCCGACUUGGCCCCAGUCGUGUUCUUCUGCUUGAAGCAGACUACCAGCCCUCGGAAUUGGUGCAUCAAAAUGGUGUGCAACCCCUGGUUUGAGUGUGUCAGCAUGAUGGUGAUUUUGCUAAACUGUGUUACCCUGGGGAUGUACCAACCAUGCGAGGAUAUGGACUGUCUUUCUGAUAGAUGUAAAAUCUUACAGGUAUUUGAUGAUUUCAUCUUCAUCUUCUUCGCCAUGGAAAUGGUGUUAAAGAUGGUGGCCCUGGGGAUCUUUGGCAAGAAAUGUUACCUUGGAGAUACCUGGAACCGCCUGGAUUUCUUCAUUGUCAUGGCUGGUAUGGUGGAGUAUUCCCUGGAUCUCCAGAAUAUCAACUUGUCUGCAAUUCGUACUGUCCGUGUCCUGAGACCCCUGAAAGCUAUCAACCGUGUACCCAGCAUGCGCAUCCUUGUGAAUUUGCUCCUGGAUACCUUGCCCAUGCUGGGGAACGUCCUACUUCUCUGCUUUUUUGUCUUCUUCAUCUUCGGCAUCAUCGGGGUGCAGCUAUGGGCUGGGCUGCUCCGCAACCGCUGUUUCAUGGAGGAGAACUUCACAAUACAAGGUGACAUUGUCCUACCCCCUUAUUACCAACCUGAGGAAGAUGACGAGAUGCCCUUUAUCUGCUCACUGUCAGGAGACAAUGGAAUUAUGGGAUGCCAUGAGAUCCCACCUCUGAAGGAGCGAGGCCAUGAAUGUUGUUUGGACAAGGAUGAUUACUAUUACUAUAACUCUGUCCGGCAAGAGUUCAACGUCAGUGGUAUGUGUGUCAACUGGAACCAGUACUACAACGUAUGCCGUACAGGCAAUGCCAAUCCACACAAAGGUGCCAUCAAUUUUGACAAUAUCGGGUAUGCCUGGAUUGUGAUAUUUCAGGUCAUCACACUGGAAGGGUGGGUGGAGAUCAUGUACUACGUGAUGGAUGCCCAUUCAUUCUACAAUUUUAUCUACUUUAUCUUGCUGAUAAUUGUGGGUUCCUUCUUCAUGAUUAACCUGUGCUUGGUGGUCAUCGCCACGCAGUUCUCAGAGACCAAGCAGCGAGAGCACCAGCUGAUGCAGGAGCAGCGAGCCCGGUACCUGUCCUCAAGCACAGUGGCCAGCUACAUGGAACCGGGCGAUUGCUAUGAGGAGAUCUUUCAGUACGUCUGCCACAUUGUACGCAAGGCCAAACGUCGCACCCUUGGGCUCUACAACAGCCUACAGAGCCGGCGCCGAGGCCAUGUGGAGCCAAGCGAUGCCAAGCUGGGCGUGAAGAAGAAAAGCCAGAGACACUAUGGGCUUUGCCAGCAACACAACUCUCUCGACUGCGCUCCUCGGGGCUUAGUCCAGCCCAUUGCCCUGACCGCAACCUCUGAUCCCACCAACUGUCCCCGAUGCCACAGGGGAGAGCAUGAAGCAUCCCGAAGCCUUUCUGUCCUGGACAGUGCUGACUCAGACCAGGAGGAUAGAGGAGCCAGUGAAGAGGAGGGAGAUGACAGCAGGGGGGAUCAGGGUACGUCAGAGCUGGAGAAGGAGGAGGAGGAGGUGGAAGAAAGUGGACGACUGAAACUCUGUAGUGACAUGUGGCGAGAAGUAAGGGUCAAGCUCCGAGGGAUUGUGGACAGCAAGUACUUCAACCGUGGGAUCAUGAUUGCAAUCUUGGUGAACACCAUCAGCAUGGGCAUCGAGCACCAUGAGCAGGAAUCUUAACCUUAGCAACCCAAACCACUUUUCUUGCAUGCAAAUCAUGUUGGAAUUUGUCUUUGGAAUUUGCUUUGCUCAUCU